AUGUACCCUUACCUUUCAUUACAAAUCACAUCCCUGUAUAUCAUGCGCUUUACCCUUACCGCCAUCGCAACGGCCGCUUUGCUCGCCCAAGUUAAUGCUCAAUCAUCAUCUGCUUCCGCUUCGGCUUCUUCUGCUGCAGCUCCCAUGUCGUCAGCUUCCGCCAGCGGCAUCUAUGGUGCAUCCGUAAGCGCUGUUAGACAAGCCGCCUCGUCGGCUUCAGCCUCUUCUGCUGCCGCAUCAUCCGCCUCAGCAUCCGUCCACAUGAACGAGCGUCGCGACAUUAUUGACUUUUUCGAGAACUUGAUCUUUGGCGACGAGGAUAAGGAAGUCGAGGCUAGCAGCAGUGCUUUCGUCCCCGUUGCUUCGUCGAGCGCUGCCGUCCCCGUUGCUUCGUCGAGUGCAGCCGUCCCCGCCGCAUCCGUCUCAGCUCCUUCGAUGCAGAAGCGCGCAAACGAUGCCGAAUACAGCCAAUUCUUGGCUGAUGUCUCUGCUGGUAUCAACUCUGCUAGCUCUGCUAUCAUGCAAUCUGCCUCGUCCAUGUACAAAAUGCCUGCCUCCGCUUCUGUUCCUGCUGUGAGCGUUUCAGCUUCUGAGGCUCCUGCUGCUGCUUCAUCCUCAGCUUUCUAUAAGCGUCAAGAACCAUCUUCCGCAUCUGCCUCGUUCUCUGCUGCUUCGUCUGGUGCUUCAUCUGCCGCUGCUCCCUCAUCCGCUGUAUACAAGGCUGCUGAGGUAUCUUCCGCAUCUGCUUCGGCCUCUGUUUCCAGCGCUCCAUCAUCCGCUAUGUACAAGCGUCAAGAACCCUCGUCCGCAUCCGCCUCGUUCUCUGCUGCUUCAUCUGGCGCUCCCUCAUCCGCUGUAUACAAGGCUGCUGAGGCAUCCUCCGCAUCCGCCUCGGCCUCUGCUUCCAGCGCUCCAUCAUCCGCUAUGUACAAGCGUCAAGAGCCCUCGUCCGCAUCCGCCUCGUUCUCUGCUGCUUCGUCUGGUGCUUCAUCUGCUGCCGCUUCCUCCUCUGCUGUCUACAAGGCUGCUGAGGUAUCUUCCGCAUCUGCUUCGGCCUCUGUUUCCAGCGCUCCAUCAUCCGCUAUGUACAAGCGUCAAGAACCCUCAUCUGCAUCUGCCUCGUUCUCUGCUGCUUCGUCUGGUGCUUCAUCUGCUGCCGCUUCCUCCUCUGCUGUCUACAAGGCUGCUGAGGCAUCUUCCGCAUCUGCUUCGGCCUCUAUUUCUAGUGCUCCAUCAUCCGCUAUGUACAAGCGUCAAGAACCUUCGUCCGCAUCUGCCUCGUUCUCUGCUGCUUCGUCUGGUGCUUCAUCUGCUGCCGCUUCCUCCUCUGCUGUCUACAAGGCUGCUGAGGCAUCUUCCGCAUCUGCUUCGGCCUCUGUUUCUAGUGCUCCAUCAUCCGCUAUGUACAAGCGUCAAGAGCCCUCGUCCGCAUCUGCCUCGUUCUCUGCUGCUUCAUCUGGCGCUCCCUCAUCCGCUGUAUACAAGGCUGCCCAGGCUUCCUCUGCUUCAGCUUCAUCGGCUGCCGCUCGCAUGUCUGUCUCUGCUCCCAUGUCUGUCUCUGCUCCCAUGUCUGCCUCCGCUCCCAUGUCUGCUUCGACGGCCGCUGUCCGCAAAGCAUCAGGCUCUGCUUCUGCUGCUGCCCGCCAAUCUGGUUAUCCCGUCGUCAUUGUAGAGGAACAGGUUUUGGUUGGUGAUGAAAGUCUCUUUGCUGACGGUCAGGCUGAACAGUACUGGGUUGGUGACGAUUAUGCCGAGAAGGAAUACAAGGGCUUUGGCUGGAAGAACUACCAAUAAGUCCCCCGCUUAUCUAAAGUUACUCCAUAUUUUACUUUUUUUUUCUUCCUAAAAUGACAUUUUCAAUUCACCACACACAAGAAAAUUACAAGGCUAUCUACUACUAAUUUUUUCAUUUUGUAACCUUUUUUUACCUCUUGAAUAAUCUCAACAGCAAUUUCAAAAAGUCUUCUAGUACACUUGUAAAUUUUUGCUCUUUUUCUAUUUGGUUUUUUUUCCUUUCAAAUUCUAUUUUCUUUUCGGGUUUUUACUUAAUAAAACGUUCCAUUUUGUUCCAAGCACAAGCUAUAAAAACUAUUACCAGCAAGCUAUGAAAAUUUAUAUGAAGCCAAGCGCAGUUGAGCUAAGAAAGUGGUAAU